AUGGAGAAUCAAAAAGUUAAGCUAAUGUGUAGUUAUGGUGGAAAAAUUCAGCUACGUCCACACGACCAUCAACUUUCAUACGUUGGUGGUGAUACCAAAAUCCUAACCGUUGAUCGUAACGUCAGGUUUAUCGACGUGGUUGCUAAGUUGAAUUCUCUAUGCAAUUUGAACGGUGAGAUUUGUAUUAAGUAUCAAUUACCUGGUGAAGAUCUCGAUGCACUUGUUUCUGUUAUUGACGAUGAUGACGUGGAACAAAUGAUGGUUGAAUACGACCGCAUGCAGAGAAUUUCCACAAAACCUGCUAGGUUAAGGCUGUUUCUGUUUUACCCGAUUCGUUUACCCGAAUCACCGUUGAAUCCGGAUUUUUUAUUCGGGUUCGAUAAGGAUUACAACCCGAACCCGAACCCGAUGCCAACAGAGGAUCUUCUACAAUUACAAUUCCCUGAGAAUUCGGUAAAAAAUGAGGGAAUAAUUAGUGGCGUCACUACAGUGGCAAUUCCGAAAAUAAUUAGCGGUACUGACAGCUGUAACAACUUGCAGGUGAAGAAUCAGCAAUCACGUGACAGUCACGUGAAUGGUGGGGGCUAUGGUGGUAAUGGGGUGCAUAUAGUUUACGGUGUACCAGUGAUGACUGGUGCGUAUCAUACUGGGUUUGGGCAGUUUAGUGGUGGUGGUCAAUAUAUGUUGGACCAGCCUGUUUAUAAUUUUGUGCCAGUGACGUCAUCAGUGAUGGUGCCAGAUCAGCAACACAAGAUGAUGGUGUCUACUACGACUGAUAAUAAUACACUUAGCCGUGAAAUUAAAGGUUGA